UAAAUGCAAAAGGUUUUAAGAUUUCACUUUGGUGUCUUGUCUAGACCUAAAUUGCACAUUUUUGAUAAGGGUGCCAAACACACUCCAUCAGGAAUCAGAGCAACCAUACAUGGAGGUACUAGUUUCUCAGGAAUAUACAUGGGUGGCAUGCUUGGCAAUAUUGGUUCUGAAUUGAUAUACCCUCAUAAUCAUCAGUAAGAAUUCAAAUGGAUCAAUUUAGAUACAAUUAUGAAGAUCAUGUUAGAGAAUUAAAAACUACAUCAGGACCAGGACAAAAUUGGCUUUUACAUGAUAUGAAUUAUGAUAACAAAGAAAUGAUAGAGUGGACUAUGAAAAACUCAAAUGUGGUUGUAAAUUUGCUUGGUCCAAGAAAACAUUUGAAAAACAGAAAGGAUUUCGAGUGGAUUAAUAUCACAGUGCCAAAAAGAAUAGCUGAAGCAUGCGCUAAAAAUCCAGGAGUGAUCAGAUUAAUUCAUUUUUCUGCUUGUGGAGCAAAUCCUCAUGCAGAAUCCCUAGAUCUCUAAACCAAGUAUAUUGGUGAAUAGGAAGUAAUAAGCCUUGCAAUAUGUAGGUCCUUAAUGCUUUCCCAAAUGCCACAAUCUUUAGACCAAGUGUUAUGGUUGGAGACAAUGAUGACUUUGCUUAUCACUGGCAAGUGUAGAAGAGAUACUUCCACAACUUUAACAUUGUUCCAGACAAUUGCCAAGCCAAAAGAUAACCUGUACACUAAUAUUUUAGAUAUUUAGAUCUUUGUCUAAGAUGUAGCUUAAGCCAUGUUGAAUGCUUUGAAGAUGCCAGAAACAAUAGGUUAGACAUACGAAUUGGGAGGACCUCAUGUGUAUACAUUGUUAGAAUGUUAUGAGAUGUUCCACAACAUCGUGUAAAGACCUCCUAAAUUGGCUCAUAUUGAUAAAUAAUUAUUAUUGAAAAUCGGUAUGGCAGUAUAUAUAUUUGUAGCCUAAUAUAUUCCCAAUUGGAAGUAUUUCAAUAUUGAUUAUAUAUUGAAACAUGGUGAUGACAUGAUAGUCCAACAAGGAUCCAAAACUAUUGAUGAUUUGUGUGUCAGACCUUUAUCACUAACUUAAGCUCUUCAAAAUAUCUUUUGGGACAUCCAAGCUCGUUACGGAGGCUCAAGUGAAUUGUAUGAAAGAUGAAUUCAUAUCUAAUAAGUUAUCG